AUAUUUUGAAUGUAUAUUUAAAAGUUUAACGUGUGAUUCUGAAUUUAAGUACCUUAUUUAAUGAUGUAUAAAACUGUGAUUUAUUUCUGUAUAAUAUGUAUAUGCUUAAACGAAUGCACACUUUCGCCGAAGUCUCCAAAAACGAAACAGUCAAAAGAGGUUAAACCAAUUAAGAAUGUGAAAAUUAAAACGGGGCCCCUAAAUUUGACUGUUUUCCAACGAAACUUGGUGGUAGAAAAUCCCACUCCGAAGGAAAUAGUGUCGAAUCAUGGAGCUUUCUUUCAGGAAACUGAUGAGUAUAACUUUGAUGGUAUGGUACUAGGAUACGUAACCCCAUGGAACAAUCAUGGAUAUGAUGUAGCUAAAAUUUUUGGCAAUAAAUUCACACAUAUAAGUCCUGUUUGGCUUCAAGUAGUCAAGAGUGCAUCAAUGAAUUACCAGAUAACUGGAACACAUGAUGUUGACAUGAAAUGGAUGGUUGAUGUAAAAAAUGCUGGUAGAGAGAGAAAAUUAAAGAUUAUACCGAGGAUAAUUUUUGAACAGUGGACAGGACAUGAUUUUCAAAAAAUUAUAUCAGAACCUGAAGAACGAAAAGCAGUUACAGCUACUUUAAUAAAAGAAGCAAAAAAAUACCAUUUUGAUGGGUAUGUUGUGGAAAUUUGGACACAGCUUGUUUUCAGAGUCAGAUAUGAGGCUUUGAUUGUGUUUAUUAGACAUUUUGCUGAUGAUUUAACAGCUGAAGGGCUUCAAAUGAUUUUAGUAAUCCCUCCAGUUGAUGGAAAAAACGAUCUGUUUUCCAAAAAGCACUUUGAUGCUCUCUAUGAUCACAUAACUGCAUUCUCAUUGAUGACUUACGAUUUUUCAUCACCCGCAAAACCUGGACCUAAUUCUCCUUUAUCUUGGGUUGAGAGAUGUGUGAAAGAAUUAACAUCUGAUGAAAAGAAAAGGAAGAAGAUUUUGACUGGUUUAAAUAUGUAUGGUAAUGAUUAUUCAUUUGAAGGUAGCAAUUCUGUAGUUGGACAUGACUACAUUAAAAAGUUGCAAACUUUUGGUAAAUAUAGUAUAAAGUAUGAUUCCAAUGCUGAUGAACAUGUAUUUGCUUAUAUGGAUAAAGAUCAACAACAUGUAGUUUAUUAUCCUACACUGUACUCAAUUAAUAACCGAAUUAAGUUGGCCAAACAAAUGAACACUGGUUUGUCACUUUGGGAAAUUGGACAAGGACUUGACUAUUUCUAUGAUUUGUUAUAAAUUUACUUCUAAAAUAAAACUUUACAUUUAAAA